CCUACCCUCUUUCCUCCCCCUUCGUUUUUCAUAGUACCAUUCCUCUUACUCCUUCAAUAGUCUAAACAAGAUAGCAUGCUUACAUCGUUUCUUCUAUUGAAUGGAAAAUGAGUUUCCGAAUUAUGGGGUUAUUCAGAUAUGGAACCUUGUUUUUCAAUGUGCUGCUUCUGUUGUUUGAAACUUGUUUGGCCAGCGAUCAACACAUUCGCCAGAUAUAUCCUGGCUUCAGUGCAUCUCGACUAGAUUGGAACGACCAUGGUGGGUUUUUCUUGCUAUCAAACAGCUCAGCUUUCGCUAUGGGAUUCUUUGGUACCUUGGAUGUUACAUUGUUUGUUUUAGUUGUCAUUCACUUGAAUAGCUACAAAGUGGUUUGGACUGCCAAUAGAGGCUUACUUGUUAGAAAUAAUGAUAAGUUUGUGUUUGAUCAUAGUGGGAAUGCAUAUUUGGAAAGUGGGAACGGUGUAGUUUGGGCAACAAAUACAACAGGACAAAAAGUUAGAGCCAUGGAAUUGUUGGACUCAGGGAACUUGGUGUUGCUUGGGGAAAAUGGGACAAUGAUUUGGCAGAGUUUUAGUCAUCCCACUGAUACCCUUUUGCCAGGUCAAGCUUUUGUGGAAGGAAUGAGACUCAGAAGCUUCCCCAAUCACAUGAACUUGUUUCAUUAUUUGGGUUAUAUAGCAGGUGAUUUGGUUCUCUAUGCAGGAUUUGAACCUCCACAAAGGUACUGGUCCCUAUCAGGGGAAGCCCAGGGAAGAAAGAAUUUCACGGGUAAGGUUCACUCUGCUUCUCUGGUGUCCAAUUCAUGGAAUUUUUAUGGUGAAAGUGGAGCUUUGCUGUGGAAAACUGUCUUCUCUGACCAUUCAGAUAAUAAGUCAUUGUGGGUUGCUAUUUUGGACCCCAAUGGUGCAAUCACUUUCUAUGAUCUUAGUAAGGGGAGGUCUGCUACACCUGAGGCUAUUAAAAUUCCACAAGACCCUUGUGGCAUUCCUGAGCCUUGUGAUCCUUACUAUGUUUGCUUUUUUGAAAACUGGUGUGAAUGUCCUUCACUUCUCAAAUCUCGUUUUAAUUGCAAACCUCCCAACAUCUCAACCUGUUCUAGGAGUUCAACAGAACUUGUGUAUGUUGGUGAAGAGCUUGAUUAUUUUGCUAUCAAGUAUGUUGCACCAGUUUCAAAAUCAACCCUGAAUGCUUGCAAAGAAGCUUGUUUAGGAAACUGCUCAUGCCUUGUGCUUUUCUUUGAAAACAGUACUGGUAGAUGCUUUCAUUUUGAUCAGACUGGGAGUUUCCAACGCUCUAAGGGAAGCACCGGAGGUUAUGUUUCAUUUAUGAAAGUAUCCAUCAAUGGUGAUGGAAAUGGCAACAAAAGUGGAAGAAAUGACACGCUGCUAGUUGUUGUCAUAGUAAUUCUUACAGUUCUGGUUAUAGUUGGCCUUGUAACUGGAUUCUGGUACUAUAACAAGAAGAAGAGUUCUGCUGAGUAUACACAAGACAUGUUGGAGGAAGAUGAUUUCUUGGACAGUCUUUCAAGUAUGCCUGCUCGAUUUACUUAUAGUGCUCUUUCUAGAGCAACUAAGGACUUCUCCACAAAAAUUGGUGAAGGAGGUUUUGGCUCAGUGUAUCUAGGUGUGCUUGAAGAUGGUAACCAGUUGGCUGUGAAAAAAUUGGAAGGUGUUGGACAAGGGGCAAAAGAGUUUAAAGCAGAAGUGUCCACAAUUGGAAGUAUUCAUCAUGUUCAUCUAGUCAAGCUGAAAGGGUUCUGUGCUGAGGGUCCUCAUCGCCUUCUUGUCUAUGAAUACAUGACAAGGGGUUCUUUGGACAAAUGGAUAUUCAAGAACAGUGAAAAUAAUUUCCUGUUGAAUUGGGAUACAAGGUACAACAUUGCAAUAGGCACGGCAAAGGGAUUGGCCUAUCUUCAUGAGGAGUGUGAAGUGAGGAUUAUCCAUUGUGAUAUUAAACCGCAAAAUGUUCUUCUUGAUGAGAAUUUCAUGGCUAAAGUUUCAGAUUUUGGAUUGGCUAAGCUAAUGAGCCGAGAGCAGAGCCAUGUGUUUACAACUCUAAGGGGCACAAGAGGGUAUCUAGCACCAGAAUGGAUUACUAACUAUGCAAUUUCAGAGAAGAGUGAUGUAUUCAGCUAUGGCAUGGUCUUGCUUGAGAUUAUUGGAGGAAGGAAGAACUAUGAUCAGUGGGAAGGUUCGGAGAAAGCACAUUUUCCAUCUUAUGUGUUCAGAAUGAUGGAUGAAGGAAAACUGAAAGAAGUACUUGACGAAAAGAUAGAUAUUGAUGAGAAGGAUGAAAGAGUUGUCACUGCUCUUAGAGUAGCUCUUUGGUGUAUACAAGAUGACAUGAAUUUGAGGCCUUCAAUGACUAAGGUAGCUCAAAUGCUAGAAGGUCUUUGCCCUGUACCUGAGCCUCCCUCAUUAUCUCAAUCGUGUACUUAUUCAGCUUUCUUGAAAAUGAGUAGUGGAGAAGCUACUUCAUCUAGUAUUUAUACUAAUGUACCCCAGUCCUGUGUCCAGUUAUCAGGACCAAGAUGAGAUAACUAGGAAGUAGAAGUAGAAGUAGAUGAAUCAUGCAUGGCUAGUUUUGAUGUUUUAUUUCAAUAAUAUAAACAUCUCUAA